CACACUGCGCCUGCGCCCCCAGACUCCACCUCCCCAUUCUGCGCUUGCGUGGCGCGGCUUCACGCUGACGAGCUAGAAGAUGGCGGCGUCCGCAGUCUGCCGGGCGGCCUGCUCUGGGACGCAAGCGCUGCUGCGCACCCGCCGUUCGCCGGCCCUGCUAAGGUCACCUGUUUUGCGGGGCACCGCCACCUUCGCCCAGGCCCUCCAGAGCGUGCCGGAGACACAGGUCAGCCUUUUGGACAACGGGCUGCGUGUGGCCUCGGAGCAUUCCAACCAGCCUACCUGUACGGUGGGAGUGUGGAUUGAUGCUGGCAGCCGUUAUGAGACUGAGAAGAACAAUGGGGCAGGCUACUUUGUGGAACACCUGGCUUUCAAGGGAACAAAGAAUCGACCUGGCAGUGCCUUAGAGAAGGAGGUAGAGAGUUUGGGGGCCCAUCUUAAUGCCUACAGCACUCGGGAGCACACAGCUUACUACGUCAAGGCACUGUCCAAGGACCUGCCAAAAGUUGUGGAGCUCCUAGCUGACAUUGUACAGAAUUGCAGUCUGGAAGACUCACAGAUAGAGAAAGAACGAGAUGUGAUCCUGCGGGAGAUGCAGGAGAAUGAUGCAUCUCUACAGGACGUGGUCUUUGAUUACCUGCAUGCCACAGCGUUCCAGGGCACACCACUAGCACAGGCUGUGGAGGGACCCAGUGAGAACGUCAGGAAGCUGUCGCGUGCAGACUUGACUGAGUACCUCAGCAGACAUUACAAAGCCCCUCGAAUGGUGCUGGCAGCAGCUGGAGGGGUGGAGCACAGGCAGCUGCUAGAUCUUGCCCAGAAGCACUUUAGCAGCAUCUCUGGAGCGUAUGAAGAGGAUGCCAUACCUGCUAUAACUCCAUGUCGCUUCACUGGGAGUGAGAUCCGCCAUCGUGAUGAUGCCUUGCCUUUGGCCCAUGUGGCCAUUGCAGUAGAGGGACCUGGUUGGACUAACCCAGAUAAUGUUGCCCUCCAAGUGGCCAAUGCCAUCAUCGGUCACUAUGAUUGUACUUAUGGUGGUGGAGUCCAUCUGUCCAGCCCACUGGCUUCAGUUGCUGUAACUAACAAGCUGUGCCAGAGUUUCCAGACCUUCAAUAUCUGCUACGCAGACACUGGGUUGCUGGGUGCGCACUUCGUCUGUGAUAGCAUGAACAUUGAUGACAUGAUGUUCUUCCUGCAAGGCCAGUGGAUGCGCCUGUGUACAAGUGCUACAGAGAGUGAGGUGAAUAGGGGCAAAAACAUCUUCAGAAAUGCCCUGGUGUCUCAUCUGGAUGGCACCACUCCUGUGUGUGAAGAUAUUGGUCGUAGCCUGCUCACUUAUGGCCGUCGCAUCCCUCUGGCCGAAUGGGAGAGCAGGAUUGCGGUGGUGGAUUCCCAUAUGCUGCGUGAGGUCUGCUCCAAGUACUUUUAUGACCAGUGUCCAGCAGUGGCUGGAUACGGCCCCAUCGAGCAGCUCCCAGACUACAACCGGAUUCGUAGUGGCAUGUUCUGGCUGCGCUUCUAGGCAGGAAGCCUGUGCAAGCAAGAAGGCAGGGGGCCAGGGCUCAUGGUCCUCUGCCACAAACAUACUAUUCUGGUUCCUCAAACCCAUGCUGCCAGUUACCACCAAUAAAGUCCUGUUGAGAAC